GGCAGAUGAUGAACGAGGAACACCAUUGUUCAACAAAACGUGUCGAGCUUAUCAAAAAUAUCAGGUCCUUGUGAUGCAUGGAGCUGCCCUAGCGCGUUCAAGCUUGGCACCAAAAUAGUCAACUCCUGACAUCACCACAUCCGGAGCCCUCGGCGAUGCAACUAUGCGCAAAUACCUCAAUCUCUCACCACUUUAUUACGUUACGCGCUGAAUAUGGCCGUAAUAGAGAACUGGCUCCCUCCGUCGCGUGAGAACUGGGAGUGGCUAUGCUACGUCUGGCAAUUCUUCCCUGUGGUCACAGCAGUUCAAUGGGUCAUUGACUGGUACCCACAAGGCAAGACCUCGACAGAGUCCAGGUUCAAUGUGCCGGGCAAGAUAGGAUGGGCGACCAUGGAGUCUGCAGGGCCAAUUACUCUUCUGUACAUCUUCUUGACGCUGCCGAAGGAGCUGGGGAUUGAGGAGCUACCGUGGGGCAAUUGGACAAUGGUCGGCUGCUUUGUGAUUCACUACGCCUACCGCGCUAUUCUCUCGCCGCUGUUUCUCAACCCCAGCAUGUCGCCAAUGAGCCCGCUUGUGUGUCUGGCCAUGCUCGCCUUCCAGGUCACCAAUGCCAUCUCAAUUGGCGGAUACGUCUCAGGCUACGGGCCCACAACUGACUUCGACUACCGCUGGCAAGGUCGCGCGGGGUGGAUCUUUGGAGGCCUCGUGUUGUGGUGCUGGGGUCUGUUGGGCAACAUGUUCCACGACGACGACCUGCGCGAGAUCCGGCGAGCAGCCGACCGCAGACAGCGCAAAGAUGCCGCUGAGCAGAACAAGCCCAUUCAAGGCGUUAACACGGUUUACAUGAUUCCCAAGAACGGACUGUUCAAAUACAUCUUGUAUGCGCACUACUUUUGCGAGUGGAUUGAGUGGGGGGGCUGGUGGAUGAUUGGCGGCCUCGACUGCAAGCCAGCCCAAACAUUCCUCAUAAACGAGGUCAGUACGAUGCUGCCUCGCGCGCUGCAGGGCAAGCGGUGGUAUGUAGAAAAGUUUGGUAGGGACAAGGUGGGCAACCGGAAGGCAGUGAUUCCAGGCCUGGUGUAGGCUCGAGAUUGAUCGGUGUGAGCAAAAAGUACGGUACGCUAGUACCGACAUGGAAAUUCAAUGACUGUUGCAUUAGCCGUACGUGAAGAGUGCUUUGCACUGAGCAUGACUGAGCGGAUGAUGGUAGUGUUUCAGGUAAUUCACAACAAUGCACAACG